UCUCACCCGACUCCAAGGUGACAUCAACUUGAGCAAGGCAUUGCCACCAAGAAUACCCGAAAAAAUAACUCAUUGACGAGGAAGCCCGUGGCCUGCACACUUGCACUUGUUUUGUUUGUCAAGGGGCACGAACCAUUCAAGUCGACCUAAAGGUGAGCAAGGAAGAGAAGAAGUCACAGAAGCAAAUAUCGACUCAGCCUUCAAACAUGACCCAAGACGAUCUCAAGAACGGUGCUCGCGCCGCCUCCGAUGUCUCGUCUGAUGAGUCUGACUGGGACGACGCGGAGCCUGAAGAAGAGGAGGCACAAUCCUUCAUUUCCUUGCUUGACGAUACUGUCUUUCCUGACGUCGAUGCCAUGCUGUGUCACUGCCGCACAAAGCACAACUUUGACUUCCUCGCCAUCCGCCGUCGGCUUGGUCUCGACUUCUUUGGCACCGUCAAGCUUGUCAACUUCAUUCGUCAACAUAUUCACGAUGGCUCUGCUCUGCCCGAGACUAUCUCUGUCGACGACAUUGCUGACGAGCGCUACAUGAAGCCCGUGAUUGAAGACGACGCCUUGAUCAUGGCCCUGACCGAGCUGGAUCUUGACGACGGAACGCCAGAGCAUCCUCAGCAAGCGCCACAAGGUGUUGCCUCUCGGGAAGCUCAGCUUGAAGAAGAGUUGGCACAGCUUCAGUCCCAGUUCGCAAAGUACCGCAAUGCUGUUGAGCAGACUCUUGACCAGCGCUGGGGAGAAGACACGCCCGUCCCAACCCAGGGAGAGAAGCCGCGUGAUCCGGACGAUAAGGGUGUUCGGAAGGAUGAGUCUCAGUACUACUGGGAAUCAUACGCCUCCAACGAUAUCCAUGAGACGAUGCUGAAGGACAAAGUCAGAACAGACUCUUACCGUGAUUUCGUCUACAACAACAAGUCUCUUUUCAAGGACAAGAUCGUGCUAGAUAUUGGCUGUGGUACCGGCAUUUUGAGCAUGUUCUGUGCCAAGGCCGGUGCGAAGCAGGUCUUUGCCGUUGACAAGUCCGAUAUCAUCGAUAAGGCCCGCGAGAACGUCUUCAACAACGGCCUCACCGACAAGGUGACCUGUAUCAGAGGCAGAGUCGAGGAUAUCAGUCUUCCUGUCGAUCAAGUUGACAUCAUCAUCAGCGAGUGGAUGGGCUACUGCCUGCUUUACGAGGCCAUGAUGAACAGCGUUCUCGUUGCCAGAGACCGUUUUCUGAAGCCCGACGGCCUCAUCGCCCCGAGCAUCUCCACCAUCUGGGUGGCGCCCGUCUCAGAUCCAGAGUACAUCACCGACUUCGUUACCUUCUGGGAUGACGUCUAUGGCUUUGACAUGAAGUCAAUGAAAGAGGGCAUCUACGAUGAGGCUCGCAUUGAGAUCAUGCCAGAAGACUGCAUCUGCGGUACCCCCUCACAGAUCUCAUACAUUGACCUGCACACCGUCAAGAUCGAGGACCUAGAUUUCGAGACCCAGUGGAAGUCAAAGGUGACCAAGGAUGUUCCGUCACUUGACGGCUUUUUGACCUGGUUUGACAUCUUCUUCACGACUUCUCGUAACGACUCGAUUCCGGCAGAUCUACCGGUCAAGGCCGGCGAGACCAUUGUCACCAGACCUGGCGAGGUGGCCUUCACUACCGGCCCUGCAGGUCCUGACACUCACUGGAAGCAGGGUUUCCUGAUGAAUAAGUAUCUUGAGGAGAACGCCAGUGUCACGGCCGGCACCGAGAUUUAUGGGCGCAUUGUCUUCAAGGCACCCGAGAAUAAUCCCCGGGCGCUGACUAUCAGCAAUACUUGGACAGUACCAGGCCAGGAUAACAGGACGCAACUGUGGAAACUCAGAUGAAUCAGUAACAGCCUCUAAAUCCGCGAUUUUGAGCCUCAUCAUCCACACGCAGGUCACCUUUGAACAAAUGCCAGAGAUUGAUGCUAAAUGUUCAGAGGCGUUGAUUCUCGAGAUGGACUUCUCAUCCUGCCUACAUAAUGUCCGCCUUCUUGCCGGGCGUGUUAGAUCGCGGCCAGGUUAUCGUCCAUAUGCCAGCAUGCUAAUCGCAAGUCUCGCCGGCGUGGUAUCAUGUUCCGCGAGACGUCAUGAUACUGCAAAGGAGGGCCAGGAUGAGCACAAGCAGGCAGAGGCAAACAAGCUAGGUGGAUGCUUAGUUAAAUCUCAACUUGAAGAAAGCUUUCAGCCUUGGAGUAGAUAGAACUCUCAAGUAUCGAUGCCCUUUGAUCCCAC